GUUCGACUUCCUCGACUAUAUGAUGCGUGUGAUCGAAGAUGAUAAAACUGUGUAUGGGCCAAGUUUGAAUCAAUUCCCACAAGAAUUGAACGUAGGACACCUUUCCGCCGGUACCCUAUGGACACUAUACAAAAUGGAUUUGAAAAUGGCACUUGAAGAGCAUGCAACAACGAAGAAGUGCCCUACACCGGAGUACAUGAAUUUGUACUUUAAAGUCAAAGGAUUCUAUUUCAAAUACGUCUCCGAUCUACCGCAAUAUAAGCAAUCGAUCCCGGAAUUUCCAGCCUGGUUCAUUCCGUUCGUUAUGGAUUGGCUAAACGAGAACGAUGAACACUCGAUGGAUAUCCUGCGAAAUGCUUAUAACAGGGACAAAGCCGAUAACUUCCCUCAAACAUCUGAUCACACUCGCUUCUCCAACAGCGUUGUCGACGUAUUCACUCAGUUGAAUGAGGCUUUGAAGCUUUUGAAACAGAUGGAUUGCCCUAACCCAGUCGUCUACGCGGACAUGAUGAAACGAUUUAGUAAGACUCUUAAUAAGGUCCUGCUCGCCUAUGCUGACAUGGUCCAUAAAGAUUUCUCCAAAUUUUCAUCGAACGAGAAACUUGCCUGUAUCCUUAUGAACAAUGUGCAACAGCUAAGGGUUCAACUUGAGAAGAUUUACGAAACGAUGGGUGGUACAGAAUUGGAUCCUGCAUGUAGUCAAGUUCUCACGAACCUACAGAAGAAACUCAACAGUGUCCUGGACAAACUUUCUGGACAGUUCGUGGCAACACUUGAACCAAUGAUCCAUGAGCAGACGAACAAGCUGGGUGUGCUUCUAUGCAAGAUCAAAGGCCCUCAACUUCAAAAGACUCAAGUUGCAGCGGAGGUUGAUGUGGUAUUGGAGCCUCUUAUGGACCUCCUAGAAGGAUCGUUGCAACGAUAUUUCCAGCAAUGUGAAAAGACUGUCCUCAAGUACAUCCUGAAGGAAUUAUGGAGGAUAACAAUUGUUAGUAUGGAGAAAUUAGUGGUACUACCUCCACUAGCAGACAAGACGGUACGUCGUUUUAUAAUAUGUGAAGGGAAGCAUUUUCCUCCACUAACUUUUCUUGUUAUCACCGCUUAUAGGAAUUAUGGAGGAUAA